GAGCAACCGCCAUCAUCGAACUCCAACCAUGCAUUUGAUGUAUACCCUUGACGAGAACGGCAACAGGGUUUAUACCCUCAAAAAAUUGACCGACAAGGGUAGUAUCACUAAAUCAGCGCACCCAGCGCGAUUUUCGCCUGAUGACAAGUACUCGCGACAUCGCGUCACCAUCAAAAAACGCUAUGGCGUGCUCCCAACCCAGUUGCCUUCUAAACCCAUGUAAGGCGGCGAACAUGGAUACUGGCGCCAACAUCUGCUUUGGGCCGGUCUCUUCGUGGGCUGAUGUCUUGUUGGUCAGCAGCCUGUAAGUUAGAUUCGGUGCUCAGACCAUUCCGAAUUUGUUCCAACUGCUUGCGGUGUAAAACAUUACUUCCAAUUCGUUACAAGGCUAUUUCGCAUUCUUAUUUCUGUUCCAUUUGCGGGAACACGCUUGGUGGUUUACGAAGGCUCCGCUCUGUCCAGAUGCACCAAAAGGCGGCAACUCCCGAAGAACAUUGCAGUAUGCAGUUUCGUGCAGCCCUGUGCAACCCCCUUUUUCCAGGCACGUUAAUUCUGAG